GUCAUAAAUGAAUACUGAAUGCGAGUUAAACGCGCAAAUUUAAUAACAAUAAAUUUAUAUAGAUAUUUAAAAUUUAAACGGCAUAUGAGAUUAGCAAGGGAACGUUCACGAGAGCGUGAAAUGGAUAGCGAAUUGAAUAAAUUAUCUUUACCGGGCCUGCCACCACUGCCAAAAAGUCUGAGCACAGCAGCUGCAGGUGUUUCGUCGGCAAACUCAUCCGCAACGCACUCGAAUACUGCUUCGCCGUUAAAUCACCACCACCAUGGACUGCAUGGUGUCGAAAGUGUGGAUCUCUUUUUGGGACCGUCCACAUCGGCGGCAGCCACGCGCAACCACUAUCGACACGGCAGCCUAUCGUCAACGCAGGAGUCGUUAAGCGAUCGAGAAAGUAUACACAGUCGCGCAUCUUCAUCACACAGCAGUCAUCAUACACCUACAAACACACAUACCGACAACGGGUCGAUUUCGAUGGGUGGAGGCAGUGUGAGUGGCAGUAGCAGUACUAGCACAUUGGACACACAACUAGCCAUACUGCGUCGUGAAAUGUAUGGUUUGCGGCAGUUAGAUCUUUCACUACUCUCACAAUUAUGGGCACUCAACGAAUCAAUUCAGGGAUUUCGUGUAUUCUUACAAGAACAGGAGGCGCUAUCGCCGCCAUCUCCCUCACCUACGCCAUCCGAUACGAAUUCGCUUACAUCCGAAGCCGAGGAGGAGUCUUAUUCAGCGCAGCCCUUAAAGCUAGCACAUCCCAUUGCAGUGCCAGCAACAUUACCACCUGGUGGCUCGAUUACGUCGCACGCUUCCACAAGUUCAGCGUCGGGUACAUCAGGCUCGUCAUCGGCUACCUCCUCGAUGGGCAAGCACAUACCAAGCGGUAUGCCUUUGCCGCCAGCACCGCAAAAGACACACCCUCAGCUGCCACGUAUCCUGCAGCAACGUAUGCGACGAGCACCGCCGCCACCACCGCCAACAACACGACCCAAACUUGGUAGGGACGUCAUAGUGGCAGCAGCCAAUGCUGCAGCAGCAGCAACAACAGCGACACCAGUGCCGCAAAGACCAGUAUGACAAAACCCAUUCUUGGAUUAAGCAUAGACACGCAGCAUGCGAAGUGUUUUAUUUGCUUAAUCCAAGAAUGUUGCGCAAAAACAAAUUGUAUUUGGUAAACUGCUAAUGCGUUUGUGAGACAACGCGCGCUGGAACGGAGUGGCGGGCGUUAGCGUCAGUUACGCGGCUGCAUGGUUGAUAGUCGUGGUAGUUGAAGAGACGAACGUUGUCAAUUAUGUCUUGCAAUUGCAAUGCCAUUGGGAAAGAGGACGGGAGAGGAACGUAGGAACGUAAGGAGAGAGCUGUUUCUGCGGACUUUGGAGAUGUAUUUAGCAAACACGGCAACAGUAGUCAACGUGUCCAGUAAUUGUGGAGCAUAUUCGGCAAUUAAGUUUAUACAAUUAAUGCGUUCCAUGAGAUUGUAUGUAGUAUGUAAGCGAGUAAGUUAAUCAAAAAGGUGACAGAUAAGUGUUGUACUGUACACAUAAUCUCGAUUAUUGCUGUUAAUGGAUUGAACUAUCAUACACAUAUAACGAAUUGAAUAUCAAACUUUUUAGAUAUACGCAAAUUAUUUGUUAAUGCAUACAUGCAUAUAUAUAAACUAUUAGAAGCAAAACUUUACAGGUUUUUUACUAUACAUCCACAUGCACUACAUUGACAUGAACUUGAAACACAUUUGUAACCUAGACAUUGCAUCCUAAUGCUAUACUGCAUUUACUUGAAGGGAUGAUGACUCUUGUUGGUUACUUUUUUCGUUGCUAGUUAUAGUUGAAACUAUCGAAAAAGACGAUAACCAUGACCUUAGUUGAUUUUAGCCAAAUACAUACAACCUUACACACAGAAAUACUUACAUACGUAUGUAUGCAUAUAUGUAAGUAUUUACACCCAAAGCGAAGUAGUACUAGACGUUCAAUUCACAUUCACAUUCACAACUUGCAAUCAAUUAUUAACUCCAUACAUAAAUAACGAAUAAAUGAGAAUCAUGAUUACAUAAAUACAUACAUAUAUUGCGAAUUACAUCGAUCUUAAUACAUACAUAUUUAAAUUAUAAAUUUAUAAAGCAUAGUGCAUUAAAAAGUAUGGACGCUGACAGCAGUAUAGUAGUAAAGUAAGCCCCAUUAUGAAUGUUGGCAGUUAUAAAAAAUACAAUAUGAACCCCCAUAUACAUAUGAAAGCUAAAUAAAAUGAAUCAACUUAACGCAUUCGCAUAGGCACAUACGUAAAAUAAAAAAUAAAAAUAUCUAUUAAAUAAAUAAAAGAAUGAACUAAGCUAAGCUAAACCUAAUCUUGUUCUCGUUCAAUCGUUAUAAUCAAGCUCCUGUAAUAAAACAACAAAAACGUUCUAUCCUACUAAUUUUUAUGAAAGCAUAUUCCUUCUAAAUAUCUUUAAGCUAGACUCAUGUGCUCACAAAGAACGGCCAAACCAGGAAAAUUUUCUUUAUUCAAAAUUAAAAGUAGUUUACUUCCUUGUAGGCCACUUUUACUAUAUGAUUUAACGACGCUAGGCAGAGAGCACGCUAAAUUAUAUAAUUUCCUAAAAAUAUUUUGUUCUCCAAAAAUUUUUGAGCCACACCUAUGCAUAUUUACUACUAAAUCUAUUAUAACUUAUUAAAUUAUAAAUCAUAAAAAUAGAAUCAAAAGAAUCAAAUGUGAGAAAUGGGGAAAUGUUAAUAUAAAUUAUGCAAUAAAUUAUUAAACCAAAACCAAAA